UUUUGAAUCAAAUUCGUACGCUAUGAAAUUAACUAUCCCACUCAAAAACCCAAAUCGGCACCAUCAUCAAUAGUAUGAGUUUCAAGAGGUUGGCACCACAGAUCCUUAAGCAUCCGGGAUGGCGUGGUAGAGCCACUGGGAUUCCCCGUUUCAAGAUCUUCUUUACCAUCCGCAGACAAUUCGGCGAUUGCAGCGGCUGUGACACCAUGGAGUACAAGAUGAUUGCACCGGAGCACAGUGAACAGGUGAUGGAGCAUCUGCGGCGCAACUUCUUUGCCGACGAGCCGCUAAACAAGGCCGCCGGCUUGUGCCAGAACGGCAGCAGUUGCCCCGCCCUGGAGGCGCACUGUGCCGAGGCCAUACAGCACCGGAUGAGCGUGAUGGCUGUGGACGCAAAGGAGAAGGAUACCUUGAAAAUAGUCGGCGUCGUCCUCAAUGGCAUCCUGAAGCCGGGCGACACGGCCAAGGCGCUGAGCAAGCUGGACUGCAACGACGAUGCAGAUUUCCGCAAGAUUUUCGACUUGCUGCACAGGCACAAUCUCAAGCACAAUCUCUUCGAGCACUUCGACGUGGACUGCAUGUUCGAUGUGCGCAUCCUAUCGGUGGACUCGUGCUACCGUGGCCAGGGGAUUGCGAAUGAGCUGGUCAAGCGGUCCGUGGCGGUGGCCAAAAAGAAUGGCUUUCGCCUGCUGAAGGCCGAUGCCACCGGCAUCUUCUCGCAGAAGAUCUUUCGUUCCCAUGGCUUUGAGGUCUUCUCGGAGCAACCCUACAGCAAGUAUACGGAUGAGAAUGGCAAGGUGAUCUUGCCCGUGGAGGCGCCCCACAUCAAAUUGCAGCAGCUCUACAAGGCGAUCUGCGCGGAUGACCAGGAUGAGAAGAAGCAGUCGCUUUAAGGAGUCACCCGGCUGGCUCACAUUUGGAACAAUAAUCUCAUUUAUUUUCUACAUAUACAUACAUUGCAUAAUCGUUAUUGGAAUGUUUUCGUACUAC